UCGUCAUUUCAGCUCUGUAACUGCGUACCUGUAGUACCUAGCUUACUGUAAGCGGUAACGUUCACAAACAACCUCGAUAAACCAUCACAGUAUAUAGUUUACAGCACAUUUAUUCACACUCGUGUAUUGAUAUUGAAACAAUAUUGCAAUUCAAAUGCUGUUUCAUUAUAUUCAUGAGCAUAUUAAAAGACGAAAGCCCGUGAAGUUUCCGUCUUUGCGUCCCUGACAGGCAAUCAAAAGUCGUCGACAGUGACUCAGCUAACGCUAGUUACGUUACUACAGCGUCGUUAGCUGUCAUUGUACCCACGCUAACGUAAAGGCUCUCACUCUGGACACAAUGAAGGAGAACACUGCCUGUGAUUAAAUUUCCUUGCCUCCUAACCUGAUGUAAAGUUCACAAAGAAUCUGUCCCCAGACAAGAUCAACUUAAGUACACUGAAAGGGGAAGGGCAGCUCUCAAACCUCGAGCUUGAUGAAGAAGUUCUGCAAAACAUGCUUGACCUGCCCACCUGGUUGGCUGUCACUCGGGUCUACUGUAACAGAGCCGCCAUAAGGAUACAAUGGACAAAGUUGAAAACAAGCCCCAUCUGCCUGUUCUUGGAUAAGGUAGAGGUAGAAAUGAGGACAUGUGAGGAGCCCCGUCCACCUAAUGGCCCCUCUCCCAUAGCUAUUACAGAAGGCCAGAGUGAGUACGGCUUUGCAGAGAAGGUGGUGGAGGGCAUGUCUGUCAGGAUCAAUUCAAUCACCAUCAAGUUGCAGUCUCGUGCCUUCCAUGCCUCCUUCGAGCUCUGGCAGCUACAAGGCAACAGCCUCAACCCCAAAUGGCAGCGCAGUGACCUACGCUUUACACGCAUCACAGACCCGAAGAGAGGAGAGGUGUUGACAUUCAAAGAAAUUAACUGGCAGAGCCUACGAAUCGAGGCGGAUGCCAUUGAGAGUGACGACCAGGACCUCGGCAGCACCCCGCUACGUCUCAUCACAAAUCAGGGUCGCAUUCGCAUUGCUCUGAAACGCAGAAUAAAGGACUGCAAUGUGCUCGCAUCCAAGCUGCUUUUCAUUCUGGAUGACUUGCUGUGGGUACUGACGGACUCUCAGCUCAAAGCCAUCAUCCAUUACUCUAAAUCGCUCAGUGAGGCCAUGGAGAAGUCUGCUAAGCAGAGAAAGAGCAGAACUGCUGAGUCCCUACAGACUGCUCCUCCAUCGCCUGGCCUCCAUAACCUUUGGGCAGACCCUCCACCUCCUCCUCCCUCUGGCACCCCCAAUACCACAAGUCAAUACUUUGAUAUGUACGAUGUCAAGGAGUCUUCCUACCACACUUUCAUAUCUCGCUUGGACCUACACAUAUGCAAUGACAGUUCUUCACUGGAUGAAGAUGAGUCUCCCCCGCCGGGCUUGCAAGGUGCCAUGCAGCUUACAUUCAAGAAGCUGGGCUUUGACUACUACCCCAUCCACAGACCCGCUGAUGGAUGUCGACACUGGGAACGUCACUGUGGAGCCAUGGAGGCUCAGCUUCAGUGGGCCGGGAGGCUGCUGCAGGAGUACCAGCAGAGAGCAGAGGUUUCAGGGUUCCCAGGGCCACAGAACGAGAUGCCCCAGGCCAUCAAUGACUCCACUACCUAUUCAGGUUCAUUUUCAGAUCAACAUAGCAGUCCCAAGUCAAGCCCCCCUCCUACAAUAAUAGGAUCUAGAAGAAGCUCUGCUGCAUCAUCUUCUGGACCGUCACUGAAGAGGCUGCGAUCCUGCUGUUUCGUGGUCAGGAUGGAUGAUGUGAACAUUCACCAGGUUUCCACAAGAGGACGUCAAAACAAGAAGACCCAGUCUUUAUUAUCCUGCAACCGAAAAUCCCUGUGUUUGCCCAGCAGUGUGCCAGCAGUUUAUCUGCAGCUAACUGAAUACUACUUUCCUGAAAACCCCACUGUAACAGUACCCACCACAAACCUGUAUGCCCAGCUAAAUGGCCUCCAGUUCUGUGUCGACCCAGCCAGCAUACUGUGGAUCAAUCUGUUCUCCAGAGGUCUGCUUCACACACUGGACCAGGUCAAAGCUUUCUACCAUCUGCAAGACAGCAGCAAGUCAGAGGAGCAUGUGGACAUCUGUAUGGAUGCGACUCAGCUCAAGCUUGUAAUCCCCUUGGAUUCCUCCAUACUGGACCAUCCAGAGCGUCCACAGUCCCUCUCUGUCACUGUGCCCCAGAUGACCCUCAGCAACACCCACCACUGUCCUAACGGCUCCAGAGCUGAUCUCAGCAGUACCUAUAACAAGUUUGCAAGCUGCCCUUUCUUCAAGAUGGAGCCUCCCUGCCCCUACCCCAGAGACCGGAGUGCCUUCCAUGCCAUCCCAUCCACUUUCCUUCAUGUCUCUCAAGAGACAGAGCUCCAGCCACUGGACAUAAAGAGGCCACGCUCCCGGGAUAUCUGGUCUCUCAGUCUGUUCCGCGUGACCCUUGGUUUUGAUGGAGCGCGGCGAUUCCCCAAAGGCAAAACCCAACCUUUUGUUGAACCCUUUUCCAUGUCUGUUUGGAUCUGUCAGCCCUCUGCGUUUGGAAAUAAUGCACCAUGUUCCUCCUCCAGUCCAAACGGAGAUCAUCGGGCUUCACCAGAGCAGGAAGACACUUCCUUUGCCUCAUUCCACUUUCUGGCCCUCACCAACACUCCAGUGAGGAUGUGGCUCAAUCAUUACCAGUAUGUGGCGCUGCUAAGGAUGAGGGAUGCCAUGGCUCGCUUGGGGGCAGAGCUGGGCCGUGAUCUACAAAAUGUAAAACAGGCUCACGGCCAAGAGACUAAACCUAACACAGUUUGUCUCGCCCUCCUGGUGGACUCUGCAGAAAUGGGUCUCCUGUUGCCGGCAGUGAGCUCAGAGCCUGAAGUAGAGGUCCCUCAAACCCCAGAGACAGACAGCCCAAGCAUAACAGACUCUGACAUCUCUCCUACCCAUCGGUCUGAUAUCCCAGAAGAAAACGGGAUAGAAACUGGCCUCUCCAUCAAUACAGCCAAUGAACGUGAUUAUCCGGAUGAUCAAGGAGUGUUGGUAGAGGAGGCAUGCGAGGCAGUGGAGGAGGUGGUGCUGCAGGUGUUGGAAACACAGGAGGACACCCCCGUUCUCUCACCUGUUCUCUCACCUGGACACUCGCCAGUCCUCUCCCGUGAACCAUCCACCUUCAGCCUGGAGGGAGAGCUGUCCAGCGCUAUUAAUGUCACCAAGGAUGUGACCAAAGAUGCCAUAAGUGCCUCGCUGGACCUGACCAAAGGGGCGUUUUCAAUUACAAAAGACGCUUUUAGCCUGCUGAGUCGAGGCUCAGGGAUGAGCAAAUUGUUCAGUGCACAGGGGAAGGAACAGGUCCAGCGUUCUGAAGAGUCCUCCCCCUCUCAGGCUGCCAGCCCGCGGCACAAAUCCAUGAAACAGUCGCCUUCCCAGCAUUCCUUUGAUAGUGCUAUCUUGGAUGGCAGCCUGCCGGAUGAGAGUAUCUCUGAGACUAGUGAUUUCAGCGAGAACUUUGUUGUUCUUAUAGACUCAGAGUCCCCGGGACCCAACAACACCGCUGUGGGCAGUCGAAGCAGCCCUGUUCUAGGGACAGAGAGACGCUCAUCAGCUGAACUCAGCAGCUCUUUUUCCCAAAGCACUGAGGAUGUGUCUCAGGAUUUGUCCUCAGUGUUGGUGCUGAUCUUGAGUGGAACAGCAUGUACUAUGGAGAUAAAGGGAGAAGACCAAGUGGUGGCUGUGGAGACUAAUAAUCUGACCCCUGUGCAGAUGGGAAACAUCAGGGUUGCAGAUCUGCAUGCUGGACUUCUACAUGCUUCAACUGGAUCCAAUCAGAUGCAGAACAGUCAGGGCAGCAGAAUCACUCCUGCACUGUGCAUGCGAUCAGAAAUGGGUCCAUCUGCUGCUCGACACUCUGCUCUGGCUGAGACUAUGGGCUUCGUGGACAUCAGAGUGCAGGACUUCCAGGCGGAGCUGUUAGCCUCCACCGUGUCUAACAUCGGACCUUUUCUUGAAGAUGAAUUCAGUGUGGAUGGUCAGCCAAUGCAGUUACACUUGAGCAACAUCACCAUCACUAUUAGGGAUGAUAGCCCCAAAAUCUACCCAACAGCCCCUCAACCCGUCCCGUCCUCAUUUAUUGUGGAUAAGCUGCUCCUGGAGCGUGGUGAAGAUGGCAUGAUGAGGCUCAAAGCAGGUGGUCCUGUGUCAGGCGACGACCUUGGUUUCUACAGUUUUUACUUGGGUCAGCAGCAGAAAGAGAUAAAAGCCCUGGAGGUGAAGCUCUCUGACACCCAGGCUGCUCUCACACAGGCUCUCAGCGACAGAGAACGCCUCAUUCUGGAAGUCAGGAAGUAUGACCCCACGUUCACUCUCUGAGCCUCUCUGGUCCGUCACUUCUCUUUCAGCAAGACCCAUUCAAAGUUUGUCAUGUUACAAAAGGAGAGGACUCUGAUAUGCAGCUGUGCAUUACUUCCAACUUCAUGAGAUUGCAAAAUAACCCCUAUAAUCACUCUUAGUCAAAUGGGGUACAUAGAACUAACUCAUAGGUACAUUAAUGGUACUACUUUGUAUCUGGCAGUCUAGAUAGUCCUCACUGCUGUACUAAACACCAUUUCAUCUGGUUAUUUUUCAUCCAGAUCAGUGUGAACAGUGAAAUUAUUGUGUGGUUUUAAGUGUUUGUCUCGCAGCAUGCAAGGGUAAAUAUCAUCAAGCUUUAAUUCUCUCCACUUCAGUAUUUGUGUUACAGAGAUUAGAAGUCAAACACAUGCCAAAACCUCCUCCUCACAUGCGUUGACACUGCCGGACAGCAGCUGGUUCAUCAGUCACUCUUUCUCCAUUACACAUCUUCCUGUCAAGCAUGCUUUGUGAACAAGUAGCACAUUAACAAAAAUAGACUCAGUUACAUAGACUGCCUCUGUUAGGUGUGUGUUUUUUUUUUUAUUUUACAGUGUUAUAUUGAAAAAAUAAUAUGAGCUGUUCUGUGAAAAUAUGAUGUGAAAGGUAGGGAAAACAAUGCACUUUUUUAGAGCUAACAAAGCAGAAGCACUCUGCUUUCCUGGAGAGACUAAUUCAUCUCUGUCUUCCACCAUGGUUGCUUAAUCACCACGGUGGAACAGUUACACACUCUUAUCAAGUUCUCACCUCUCUCGUAAAGCGGGUUGAAUCAUUCCCAGUGUUAUUUUUACUUUGUGUUGUGAAAUGUCAGACAUGCUGCUGUUGUACUGUGAAACAAUGCGCUCUGUGGUUGAUUGUCACUCAUAAUGACACGCCUUUAAAUUUCUCCUCUGCUGGAGAGAGCAGGUUGAGCAGCUUAGGUUUUAUAACUGAGUUGUUUUGUUUUUUUCAUGUUAACUCUUUGGUUUUAGUGAAGUUUGGAAGGAUUAUACCAGCUGCCAGAGUUCUUAAACUUGAUCUCCUUAAACAUGUUUUGUAGCUUGCUAAGAAACAACUGCUAGUGUUACUACUUCUGUGCAUAUUUAUUAUGCACAGUGUUGCUGUUACACAUCAUAAAGGCUCAUUCUGAAUAAUUUUUAUAUUUAUUUAGUUCUCUGAAGCAUUUUUUAUUAUCAUACAGUGUUUUGAAGCCAUAUCAAUCAAAGAAAAUCUCAUGAAAAACCUGUGGUACUGAAACACACAUAAACAGUGUAUCUUCAAAUGACCAAGCUCACUACAAAACCAAUUGUUUUCAUUGUUUCUGUAUUUAUUCUGAAUCUGUUUUAGCUUUUGUCUAUCAGGCCAGCUGCCAGAUUAAAAUACCUGUCACUUUUUGUCCUCCAUGCAUAAAUCUAUUAAAUGCAUGGAUUCAAACAAUGAUGGAUAUGUCCAUCACAAAGACUGCAACAGUAUAACAUUCAUUUUAUGAAUGCGUUCAUGAUAGAAACGUCUCUAUGAGCAACAUUUAAUGCACAACAGUUCUAUUGUUCAACAAAUGGCUUAUGCCUGUGGAGGUAUUGUUAUCCAUCUUAGUGAUUGCAAAGCUGGUACUUUCACAUACAGUUGUAAAUGUCCAACUGUGCGUUUGGGAGACCCCUGGUGGCUGUGGGUUGUCAUUACACCCUGAAUUCCAAACAUCUUGUAUUUUUAUCCUCUCUUGACACUGGUUGCCUUGCAAGCUAUGAAUGACAUAUUUACAUUCUUGAGGAAUGUAAAUAUUUAAGCAAUAGAAAGAAAGCUUUGGUUUAACCAAAAAUAUUAAAUAAUUUCUAACAUUACAUGUUUUUUUUUUAAUGUAAAACUAUUCAAUUUUUAGUUGACAGAAAAGAAAAACACAUUGUUCAACUGCAUGUGGACUCAAUACAUCCUCACUCCAUCAGUGUAAUAAAGCAGAGGUACUGCCAUUUAGCCUCAGUAUCACUUCUAGAUUUGAUCUCCUCAGUUUUGAUGUUGAUGUUGAUGUUUUGCAUGGCCUUAGUGGAAAAACAUACACUCCCAUGUUUUUGAACCUCCCAUGCUGGAUGCAACAUGUAGCUAUGAAAGUUUAUCCAGUUUCCUCCCUCCUCAGUGUUAAGUAGCACCCAUGUUCAGUUGACAAACUGGUGCUCUGAGUUCCAUCCGCUCAUGAUUUUGCAAAAUGAGGAGAUGGAAAGAGAAUCAAGCAAGGUUCACUUAAAGGUGAGAGGUUUUCUCUCUUUUUGUACGACUGACCUGGAAAGCAGAUGCAUGUACUUAAGUGAUGUUGUAUGGUUUCUGCCUUGUGAAUUACUUGCACUUGUGUGAUUUAUUCACUGGAAAUUGCACUUGUUUUCACUUCAAGGAUUGCAGAAGAAUCCUUGGGAAAUCUUCCUAAGUGACACAAAUGUUUGAGACUUUGUGGACAGUAUUUUUGUCAGUUGUGUGGAGUUAUGUUGGAUUUUGUAACGUCUUUAUCACUUCAUUGAGACUAAUUUAAAACUGGUUCUGUGAACCAAAGAUAGUAUGUGUAAAAUAUUUUAAAGAUGAAAGAAUAAAUGAUUAA